GGGCCCUGCACUACAUAUUGCGUUUUCACUCAGCCAUGGCAGCCACGUGCUGGUGGCCUUUGAGUUUGCUUGCUGCCUGCUCAAUUGUGAACUGGUGGCUCCUACCUUUGGUGGCAGCGUGCCCCGACUGUCCUGAGAACGUGCAGCUUUUGCAGCAGAGCCUGCGGCUGAAAAAGGCACCAAUCUCCUCAACCUUGCCAUCUUUUUUGAAGCAUUGCACGGGAUGGGACUGUCUACAGCAAUAUGUCAGAAGUCGUGACGACGCCUUCACCUGGAGACAAGCCAACCACAGUCUUCAAGGGGGCGACUGGACGGGAACGGUGCUGGAGAUGACUAGCCAACGGUGGCUGCCCCAGCUGGUGUCACCAGACGUUUGGAACCACACCUUGGUUGUCAUUACGCCGCAGAACGUCUCCAAAGACCUCUGUUUGCUCUACAUCGCCUUGGGCUAUUUCGGCUCUCCAUUGGUGCCUUCGUCGCAUGUGGCCAGCUCCAACGAGGACGUCCAGGCGGCGGCCAAGAUGGCGCUAGCUGCCGGCACCCACGCGGCAGUGCUUUUCAACGUCCCUGCUGAGUACUUGACACCACCACAACUGGACUUUCCUCAUCCUUUGGUGGAGGAUCAAAUGCUCUCGGCCAGCUGGGCUUUAUUCCGGGACCGUGGCCUGUCACAGACACCCCUGGAGCUGCCGAUGACCAAGGCUGCUGUGAAGGCCAUGGAUGUGAUCGGCGAAUUUCUGGAUGUGCAUUCGUUUGUGCUGGUCGGCGCAAGCAAGCGUGGCAACCUGUGCUGGCACACAGCCACUGUGGACGCUAGAGUCCGCGGCAUUGUGCCCAUCGCACGAGCAAUCAAUCUGGGUGCAGUUUUGGCGCGCACGCAGAGACAACUGGGAGGCUUCCCCAUGGUUACUCAGGACUACGUGGAGAAGCACUUGCUGGCUGGCUAUUUGGAGACACCCUCUGGCGAGCCGCUUUUGCACAUUGAAGAUCCCUUUUUCUACCUGGAGCGCACCGCUGGUCUGCCAAAGUUUAUCAUCAACGCAGCCAGCGACGACUUCUUCAUCCCUGACAAUACCCGCGAGUGGUGGGACGCAGUGCCCGAGCCAAAGUGGAAACUUGGUUGGAAGUUCAAAGAGUGUUCCAUCUGA